GCCGCCUGUCCGGCUGAUCGGCUGCUGGGGUCCCGGGCACCAUGGCCUCUGUGGGUAUUGCUGCCGGUCGGCAGGCUGAGGACACGCUGCCGCCGCCCGCCGAGCCUCCGCUGCCGGAGAUGAAGCCGCUGCCGCCGCCGCAGCCGCCGCAGUCUGUCUCAGCGCAACAGCCGCAGCCCGCGCCGAAGCCUCCAUCCCCUGCAGGUGUGAAGGCGGAGGAGAACUGCUCCUUCCUUCCCUUGGUUCACAGCAUCAUUAAAUGCAUGGACAAGGACAGUCCCGACGUCCACCAGGACCUGAACACCCUGAAGACCAAGUUCCAGGAGAUGCGCAAGGUGGUCAGCACCAUGCCUGGCAUCCACCUGAGCCCAGAGCAGCAGCAGCAGCAGCUGCAGCGCCUCCGAGAGCAGGUCCGGACCAAGAACGAACUGCUGCAGAAGUACAAGAGCCUGUGCAUGUUUGAGAUCCCCAAGGAGUGACGAGCCGACCCCAGGAGGAGUGCUGGGGCCCCGGCUUCCUGUCUCCCAGCCCUGUGGAACGGCUCUGGUACUGCCUGCUUAGCUGAACUUUAGCCCUGACUGCAGAGCCAGUGCCCGAGCUGGUUCCCUGGGCAUCCUCGUGUACUGUCCCCCCGUCCAGAUGCGCAGUAACUGCCUGCUGAAGGAGGAAGGCUUCCUGAGGCUGGGAGGUGGGGCCUCCUCUUGCAUCUGGGGAGGGACACAGCAGGAAGGGAGGCGGCUUCCCUCUGCCCCUCUCCACCCACCGCAGACGGUGCGGGUACCAGGAACCUGGUGUCCAGUGAGCAGCAGUGUGUGUGGACAGUUAGGCCUGCACACGCAUGGAGAAAGGCCUUGAGAGAAAUACAUGGUUUCAGAGACUGUGGGGUGGCCUUUUGUGCUGGAAUAGUUGUUUCUUUCUGUUUGAGGCAUGGGUGUUACUGUUCAUGAGGUAUCAACCAGGAGCCCACCGGGCGCCCCCGCCCAGGUUCUCUGCCGCCCAUGUCCUUGUUACUCAUCGCUCCUGCUCCUCUGUCCCUGUCACCUUCCGUCAGCUUAGCCACUUACUGCCCAAGAACGGCCAGACCACCUCAGACCACGUGGUCUCCUCAGCCGCGGUCUGACGAGAUGAACAGACGCCCUCUUCAGCUUUCCCAAGUCCUGUCCCUGGUCCACUGAUGACCUCCCCUCUGGCCUUCUCACUGCGUGCACUCGGGGAUCACAUGGAAAAGAACAGCUCUGGGCCAUGAUUCUGAUGGCCCCUUGGAGUGGGGGAAGCUGGCCCUGGCAAUCGUGCAGCCCAGGCCUGGUUCAUAGAUGUUUAUAAACACCCUUGUUUCUCCAGACA